UUCUAGCGAUGCACGUGCCGUGUGCAAACCUUGGUAUGACUAGGCCUCGCACCGCGCCGGAUCAGCCAUUCGAAUCCAGUAUUAGUGCGGUGUAGAGUGUUACGGUGUUGCGAACUCCACGACUCUCACCUUCGACCGAUUAAGCCGAAACAUAGUGAAUAAGCAAAAUGCCUUUCAAGCCAGUCGAACACCCGAAAUGCCCCAAGUGCAACAAAUCUGUCUACGCUGCGGAGGAGCGCGUCGCCGGUGGAUUGAAGUGGCACAAGAUGUGCUUCAAGUGCGGGCUCUGCAGUAAACUGCUCGACUCCACAAACUGCUCCGAGCACGAGAACGAGCUUUACUGCAAGAACUGCCACGGGCGUAAAUUUGGCCCCAAGGGUUACGGAUUCGGUGGUGGUGCCGGAUGCUUGUCCAUGGACUCCGGUGAACACCUGAAGGAGACUUCCGACCCUCGAGGAUCUCAGGCCGUGCUGGAACCACGCGCCAUAGCGAAGGCUCCCGAAGGCGAGGGUUGCCCGCGAUGCGGUGGCUACGUUUACGCUGCCGAACAGAUGCUGGCUCGCGGAAGGCAAUGGCACAGGGAAUGUUUUAAGUGUUCCGUCUGUACGAAACGAUUGGACUCUGUCAAUUGCUGCGAAGGUCGCGACAAAGAUAUUUAUUGCAAAGUGUGCUACGGCAAGAAAUAUGGUCCGAAGGGUUACGGAUACGGUCAGGGUGGCGGCGCUCUUCAAAGUGACUGCUAUGCCAACGGUGACGCCGCUCCCCGUACGACCGUGAUCGAUACGGCCAUCAUCAAGGCGCCACCUGGCAAAGGUUGCCCACGUUGCGGAGGCGUGGUAUUUGCCGCCGAGCAGGUACUAGCCAAGGGCAGCGAAUGGCACAGAAAGUGUUUCAAGUGUCACGACUGCAGCAAGACCCUCGACUCCAUCAUCGCCUGCGACGGUCCAGACAAAGACAUUUACUGCAAGACUUGCUACGGCAAGAAAUGGGGACCACACGGUUACGGCUUCGCGUGCGGCUCUGGUUUCCUCCAGACCGACGGUCUCACCGAGGACGAGAUCUCCUCCAGCCGUCCGUUCUACAACCCAGACACUACCUCGAUCAAGGCACCCCCAGGUCAGGGCUGCCCGCGUUGCGGCGGGAUGGUUUUCGCGGCUGAACAACAGCUGGCCAAGGGCACGAUGUGGCAUAAGAAGUGUUUCAACUGCGCCGAAUGCCACCGACCGUUGGACUCGAUGCUGGCGUGCGACGGUCCCGACAAGGAAAUCCACUGCCGUUCCUGCUACGGCAAACUGUUUGGCCCGAAAGGAUUUGGAUUUGGACACACUCCGACUCUCGUGUCAACGAACGGUGAUCACGCACCGUCUUACAUCGACUCAAACCCGAAGGUUGGUCAAAAGCGAACCGACGGAAACGGAUGCUCGCGCUGCGGAUACUCCGUUUAUGCCGCUGAACAAAUGAUCUCUAAGAACAGGGUCUGGCAUAAGCGUUGCUUCAGCUGUGCGGAUUGCCGUCGUUCCCUCGACUCGACGAACCUCAACGACGGACCUGACGGCGAUAUCUACUGCCGCAGUUGCUACGGAAGAAACUUCGGUCCUAAGGGUGUCGGCUUCGGUAUGGGUGCCGGUACUCUCUCCAUGGCCUAGGUCCAAGAUAUCGCGGAUUGCUUGCUUGGCUCUAAUUCGAAACGGAAGAACUGUAUACCUCAAUAUAUGAGGACGAAAGCUAAGUAUAUGCUGACAAUGGCGACGGAGGUCGACGAAUAAGAUUAAACAAAUACCUGCCAAUUGAGUUAAGAAAUAAUAAGCAGGGGCGAAACUAAUAAUGAUAAUUAUAACAUAAUAACAAUAAUAAUGGUAAUCGUUGAAAUGUAUCCUAUAUAUAUGUAUAUGUAUAAUACGCAUGGAUAUACGCACGAACGACCAGCUGGACACUGAUGGCGAACGCAACUAUAUUGAAUAAUUAACGUUACGUAUUAUCUUUCCAUUUCUUCUUUCUUUUUGUUUUUUUUUUUUACACUUUUGCUUUGUGUCGUUACUUUUUUUUCACCGCACUACUACUACGAGAUUCGAAAAUAUGUAUGCACAUCACAGUUACUUGAACGAUAUUUUACCGUUGUCGUUAUUACUAUUAUUAUUAUUAUUAUUACUAUUGUUGUUAUUAUUAUUAUUAUUAUUACUACUACCACCAUCAUUAUAUUAUUAGUAUGCGAAUUUAUAGACACAAAUUCUGCAAGUACAACAAUUCAUACACACAUCAAUAAUAUAUAUAUAUAUAUAUAAAUAAAUAUAUAUAUAUAUAUAUAUAUACACAUAUACACCACAUAAUAACACUUUCUGUAUCGCUAUAUACAUACCUACCUAAACACGUGUAUAAUUCGUCGCGACGUAUAUAUUUAUUAUGUAAUUUCGACUUAGGGAGAAAUAUUAUUUUAAAUAAAUAUUUUUUGAAAUCAUUAA